AUGAACAGCACUGAGGCUGAGAAGACCAUGAUAGGCAUGAGUGACCUGUUUCACAAAUACUCGGGACCCGAUGACACCAUCGAGAAGGGGGACCCGCUGAAGCUGUUGAAGGAGAAUUUCCCCAACUUCCUCAGUGCCUGUAACAAAAUGGGUACAGAUUACUUGUCCACUGUCUUUGAGAAAAAGGACAAGAAUAAGGACAAGAGAUCAUGACUCUGAAGAAAG